AUGGAACCUUUUCAAGAUUUAUCUGAUUUGGAGAGAUAUAGAAGAAGAUUGGGUCAUGAUACUGCUUUGGUAAAUUGCUCUGGUCAAAUAUGGAUAUUCACAAAAGAUGUACAUGUAGAUGUUAAUGAAGAUUCUACACAACAAAUGACAUUAAAAGUGGUACAUCAAAACAUGGGAGUUGAGGCAUUGGUCACUGUAGUGUAUGCAUCUUGUAAUGCAAUUAACAGGGAAGAGCUAUGGAACUCAAUACAACAUAUCUCUAGUCACAUUUCCUUACCAUGGUUGGUAGGAGGUGAUUUCAAUGUAAUGCUUUCUCCUAAAGAAAAAUUAGGUGGGUUUCCGGUCUAUUGUCAGGAAACUGAAGAUUUUGCCAAUUGUAUUGCUACUAGUAGUCUAUAUGACCUGGGCUACAUUGGAAGCACUUACACAUGGUGGAAUGGAAGAUCGGAGGAUGCAUGCAUCUUCAAAAGGUUAGAUAGAAUUUUGGGAAAUCAAAGAUUAAUGAACUUGUUUCCAACUAUGAAGAUCAAGCAUCUUAUUAAAAAAGGGUCAGAUCACUCUCCAUUAGUGUUGGAAUGUUCACAGAAUACUGAGGAAAUUAUCAAACCAUUCAAGUUCUUAAACUUUUGGGCUAAACAUUCCUCUUUUGAAAAGCUAGUAGAGGAACAUUGGAGACUUGACCCUUUUUACAUGGUACAACAGAAAUUGAAGAGGGUGAAUUAUGCUCUAAGAUCUUGGAGUAAGGAAACAUAUGGUGAUGUGUUUCAGCAAAUUGCAACACUAGAGGAUGUAAUACAGGCUCAUGAAGUCAGAUUUGAAGAAUCUCCAACCUUACAUAACAAAGAAGAGUUACAUAAAGCUCAAGCACAAUUAAGCAGAUACUUACAUCUUGAAGAAGAGUACUGGAGACAGAAAUCAGGUCUGAAAUGUUUUCAAGAGGGAGAAAAGAAUACCAAAUUCUUUCAUUCAUAUGUAACAGGAAAAAGGAAAAAGUUGAAGCUAAAUAGAAUACAGAAUACUCAAGGAGAUUGGCUAACAGAGGAAAGAGACAUAGCUGCUGAAGCCAUAAGAUACUUUCAGGAGCAAUUUACAGAGGAUCAAUCUAAAAAAGAAUUCUCUUUAUUAAAUCAUAUUCCUAGUUUGGUAACAGAGGAGCAGAAUCAAAAGCUGGAGGAAUUGCCAACAGAAGAAGUUAAAGCAGCAGUAUUUGGGUUAAAUAAAGAAAGUGCAUGUGGUCCAGAUGGAUUUACAAGUUUUGUUAAAGGAAGAAAUAUAGUGGAAAAUAUUCUUUUGGCACAGGAGAUUAUAAGGGAUAUCAGGAUGAGGACAAAAACAACAAAUGUGGUAGUAAAACUAGAUAUGACCAAGGCAUAUGACAGGCUAUCAUGGACUCAUGGAUUUUUCAAGUCAUCUAGAGGAGUCAAGCAGGGAGAUCCAUUAUCACCGGCUCUUUUUAUAAUUGCAGCAAAAACACUAACGAGGGGUUUAAAUGCUCUGUGGGAAAAUUAA